GUCACACAGUCGUUGUCAAUUUUCUUGUGCAUUUUUCUUUAAAUCUGCACUAACUGCAUUAUGUAUUUUAUAAGUUUCCAUAAAAAUGUUCUUAUGUUGUGUGCGGAAAAAGUUAUAAAAUAAUUUGAAUUGUAGUCCCAAAAGUAUUAUUACCACAUAAUGGACAAUAAUAACUUAAACUUCACUUGAUCUGUGUGUUGUGCUACUUUUCAAAUAACUGUAAAACGGCAAAGUUAUUCGUCGAAGCUAAAUGUAUUUGUAAAUAAACAUCUAUUUAUAAUUUCCCUUCAAGUUAUCAAUGAACAUAAAAUUAAUUUUUCGUCGUUGAGUUGAGACAAUAGGUGAAAUAAUAUCACGGAUUGCUACUGUCAAAAGAAUGCAAUGUACGCUCCGGAUCAUCAUAGACGGAAAGAAGUUAAGGAUGUUAUGUAUCGCAGUAAUUCUAGCCUUGACUUGAUAUACGCUGAACAUCCAUCAGGAAAUGGUCUUCGCCGUGAAUACGGGAGCCACGGUUCCAUUGACGUGAUCGGCGGUGCAAACGACCGUUUGCCCACUAUGGUGCACAACUACAGCGGUGUAUCCAGUGGAGAGAAACCGUCGAGUUUAACUCGAGUCACGGACCGUUUCUCCGAAAUCUUAACUAGUGAUCAUGCUGAUGGCCCAACCCCACGAGCAAGUGUAAGCCCUAAACCUCGACUUAAGCUUAACAAACUAUGGGGCGGAAAUGCGCCUCUAAUAUCUCGCCAUUCUAAUGACGAUAGCUCUAUUUCCAACAUUGCUGAUGUUAACAAAAGAAAACAAUUUGCACAUUAUGACUGCCAAUCUCUUAUGGCAAAUUUGAGUUAUGCAGCAGAAAUACGAGGCGCUUUGUUAAGUCGCCGUCGAAAUACGACAACUGGUGCAUCAGCAGCAUCUCUUUUAGCAACCCGUGGAUUGCCUCCAGGCGAAGACACUGUACCAGAUACAGGGGAUGGCCGAUCCAAUGAGCUACUUGAAAGCUGUCCAUUUUUCAGAAAUGAAUUAGGGGGGGAGGAAGAGAGAUGUGUAUCAUUAUGUCACCGCACUGCUCGUGGUGGAAUCCCCGGUCAAUAUGGCGGCUGGCAUCGACCUCGAGCCGCAUACGGAUUUUCAGUGCUAGAGUUUCCGCCGGGACACACACAUUGGCGACACGGUUGUCCUUACGCAAAAACCGUUUCUCCCCUUCCCGUCGAAAGUCAAGAUCUUGGUGCACUAUAUUAUAGGAACUAUUUCUACACUCAACCUCAUCAAAACUGGUUUGGUAUGGAUGAAAACCUUGGUCCUAUAGCUAUUUCUAUCAAAAAGGAAAGAGUUGAAUUACGUCGGGGAGGAGGAGAUGCGUCUGCACCUGCAUCCCAGCUUGCUUGGCAAUACAGACUCAUUAUCAGAACGUCUGAAUUACUAACCUUGCGAGGAUCUGUCUUGGAAGAUGUUUUACCUAUUGUGAAACCCAGUAAUAACAGUGCCACUUAUAAUACGAAAGAAGUUUUAGAUUAUAUCGCUCCUGAAUUACAGCUUAAUUGCUUGAGACUCGGCAUUACAAAUACUGCUACAGAGGAACAAUUAUUACGAUUAGAUGAACAACGUGUUACCAGGCAUUAUAAAGUUGGUGUUAUGUAUUGCAAAAGUGGUCAAUCCACAGAGGAAGAAAUGUAUAACAAUCAAGAAGCUGGCCCUGCAUUUGUCGAAUUUCUACAAAUGCUCGGACAAACUGUGAGAUUAAAGGAAUUCGACAAGUACAAAGCGGGAUUAGAUAAUCGCACCGACUCGACCGGGCUAUAUUCUGUUUAUACGACGUAUCAAGGGUGCGAAAUAAUGUUCCAUGUGUCAACCAUGCUUCCGUAUACACCAAAUAACCGACAGCAGUUGCUAAGGAAGCGGCACAUAGGCAACGAUAUAGUCACUAUUGUCUUCCAAGAACCGGGCGCGGCACCGUUCACACCGCGUAAUAUACGAUCUCAAUUCCAACAUGUUUUUGUUGUUGUUAGAGUAAUUGAUCCAUGUUCAGAGAAUACGCAUUAUAGCAUAGCCGUAAGUCGGGCUAAAGAAGUGCCUUUGUUUGGACCGCCGAUAAAAGAUGGAGCUGUUUACCCGAAGGGUGAAGCGUUUACUGAUCUGUUACUUAGUAAGAUAAUAAAUGGUGAAAAUGCAGCCAUACAGUCACCUAAGUUUAGUACAAUGGCAACACGAACGCGACAAGAGUACCUGAAAGAUUUAGCUAAGAAUUACGUCACAGCCACCACUGUAGAAACGGGUCAAAAAUUUUCAAUAUUUUCAUCAUUAUUAAUGAAGAGUAGCAAUAAUUCAAGCAGUAACAAUGCAUUAGUUCAAAAACUAGAAGAUUGUAGCAAUGAUGUCCUAGUUGGUGGUGCCCUAUGUUUUCAUGUACAAGUACAAGAUGAAGGAUCGGGUGGCACAUUGCUUGAAUGUAUAAUGGGCGUGUCGGCUGAUACCAUAGUCUUUGUCGAGGAACAUUCAAGGCAGAUAAUUUUAGCGGUGCCAACUAAUACUUUACUUGGAUGGAUAGUAACGGGUGAAUGGACACGAAUAUACUACCACCGCGGCGAAAGCGUGCGCGUGCGCAACGGUACCGACGCGCUGCUGCGGCGGCUCGCCAGCGUGGCGCCGGCGCACGCGCAUGCGCUCUCCGAGAUCACGCUAGAGCGAGGUGCUGCGUCGCAACUUGGUUUCCACGUCCAACCGGACGGGCUGGUGACGGCGGUGGAGGGCGGCGGGCCGGCGGCGCGCGCGGGCGUGCGGCGCGGCGCGCGCCUGCUCGAGGUGUGCCGCGCCGCCGUCGUCGCGCUGCCGCACGAUCACCUGGUCGACCUGCUGAAGACCUCCGACCCCGUCACCGUGACGCUAACGUUCGCAACGAGCGGGCGGUGCGAGUGCCAGAGCUACGCGGGCGAGGCGUGGGCGCAGCAGCCGGGCCGCCGCCGCGCCGCCUCGCCGCCGCGCUCCGACACGUCCGGAUAUGGCACCGGUGGUUCAGGCCGCAGUGCAGCGUCACCCGGCGGCGAGGCGGCGGUGCGUCGCCGCUCGCAAGAUGACUCGCCGAGACAUGCGCGCCGUCCGCGGGCCUCCGCUAAUACGUCCUCACUCACUGAGGAGCUGAUGCGCCUGAUGGACGCUGAGCUGGGCGAGUCCAAGUCGAACAGCGCGGGCGCGUCCGCAGCGCCGAGUCGGUCGAGCAGCUCGGGGGGGAACCCCCUGCCCCUGCCCGAUGCCUCCGCACUGGACUGGGCCGCGCUCGUGCACACCGCGACUAGGGCUAUGUUACAGAUAUGUGAAGAGCAUCAAUACCCAUCUCUGGAUACCUCAGAAUCACCUCUAGAGACACUGCCGAAUGAUUCUGCUCGUGAGUGGAAUGAAAGGCCUUCGAACGAGCGCGUAACGCCCGUAGCGGCCGGCAGCAGCGCGGCCAAGCCGAGCGCCGAGGCGAGCGCGUGCGGCUGCGGGCUCGCCGAGCGCGUCGCGGCGCUGGAGGCGGACGCGGCAUGCGCGCAGCGACACCACCACCAGCUGGAGGAGGAGGUAAAACGUCUAAGACGCCACAACGCGCGCUUGCGCGAGGAAUCGGCGCGCGCAGUGUGGCAACUGCGGCAUUUCACACAAUGGCUUAAACGGACGGUCGAUAAACAAUAAUAACCUAAACACAACCUAUAACGGGUGAUUAUUACCAGUAGAUUAAACUUAAGAAAAUACUCCAUUUUGCCGGUUACAUAUACGUACGUACAGUAGUAUCAGAUUUAAACAACUUAAUGCACACUUUUUUUUACAUGGUUAUGUAGAUGUUUUGAUUUAAUUAAUGUCACCGAUUCUGAUGUGGUUAAUACAACUGUAAAACAUUUAAGCCUAUGUAGAAAUAUUCAUCCGAUGUGCUUGUGAUUAAGUACAAUUAAAAACCGUUAAGGUGUGAUGAAUUUAUAUAAGUUAGUGUUUUAUAUAGCUGUGCUUUCAUUAGGACACUUUAUUGAAACUUUCACUCUAUUUCAGUAGUUCGCAGUCAGAUAGUAGUACCCGGGUCACUCACAUGCGUGCAAACAUUCGCGCAUUGUACAAAUGUUUGCGCAUUAUACAAAUGUUGGGGACAAAAAUUUGCAAACAUCUUAAUUACCUAUGUGUUAUGGUGCUAGUAUUCGUGCGAAUGUUAGUGACCGGUAUUAUACAACGAAAAUGUUGACUAUAAUUCAAUAUCAGAAUCGGGGCUAUUAGCGUUAACCAUUAAACAGGUUAUGUCAGCUUAUUACAUUGUAUCAAUUAAUUAGACUAUUUAAUUGGCAACGACACAUGGAAGCACAACAUUCCGUCCAUACUUUUGAACUAUUAUUUUAGGGUAAAUGGAAAGACAACUUAUAGUUUUCUCCAUAGACAUGUCAAUUUGUAUUUUAACGUGCCACUUUUGAUUGAUACGUGAAAUUACUAUUUCUUUUAUUUACUUGUUCGUAAUAAAUAUAAUAAGUUCCUAUCAAUUACAAGCUUCAAUUUGGCAAUAUAAAGUUCAAUUAUCUUACUCUAUUAUGUAAAAAAAAAAAACAAGACGUUUAAUCUUUUAAAACUAUCAUUACAUUUAAAAGUAAUUUAAGAUCAUACUAAAGUGAAAUUCAAAUUAGCAUUCAUCCAAUAAUGUACUUAUUUGGCAGAGUAAUUUAACUUGUAUAAAAUAGUUUAAAAAAAUUCACAUGCAAAAUGCAGUUAAAAAUAAUGUUUAAGAAAUUGAAGUUAAUAAUUAAUGAUCAAUCUGUGCAGAUUCGUGUAAUUCACUAACUUACUGUAAUGGUAUAAUAAUUAUUAUUUGAUCGCUUAUUGCACCUUAUUGUUAUACAAUGUUGCCUUCAUAAAAGUAAGUUGAUUUAAUCUGUAAAGCGAAAAUGAGUGAUACAUGGUAUUUCCAAAGAAUAAUUUCUUAUGAAAAGACGAAUAACGAAUAUUCGCGCUGUAUCUUAUGAAUUUUGUGCCUUUCUUCGGCUUCUGGCGAAGCUAUUGUGUUGGCGUACUUUAAGUAACAUUUUAUGAUAGUAUUGUAGGUAUAAAGUUUGUUAUUGCCUAAUUAUUGUAAACAUUAUAUUAUUCUAAUGAUUAUGGUUGCUGUUUUUGUUUCAUUAACGUAUUUCAUGAUGUUUAAUGAUGAAGUUAAUUAAUCUCGCGUGUUAUAACUGUGGUUAUAUACAUUAUUAUUAGAUAUAAGAUAAGUGUAACGUGUUAUAACUUUAUUUAUGUCGUUUACCCUUGUAAUGAUUUAUUUGGCGAAUUUCGGCAAAUAUAAUGCACUCUCUAUUAUAUAACAAUUAAAAUAUACAUAGACUGACGCACACAUUUAUUCUCUUAUGAAGUUUUUUUUUAUUUUAGUUUUAUCAUUCUUUAUUAAAAUAAUGAUAACGUACAGAAAAUAUCAAUAAGUACACGAGGGACUUUGUUUAUUCAUUUUGUUACAAAAAUGCUAAAAAAUAUUCUUAAAGCUCCCAAUUAGCCAUUUGUUCAAUUAAAAUAGAUGAGCAAUCUAUUUAAUUUUUAACUUAUCUAUAUUGUGUGUUAUAUUUUGAUCCAUGAUUAAUUUGUGAUAGGCGUACAUGCAAACUUAUUCUAUAUAUAAUAACUUUUUCAAACGGCAUUUUUAUUCAUUAUUUUGUAUAUAAAGGAAUCUCAAGCUUAGAUUUUAUAGAAAAACGAGAGCUUUAUUAGUUUAAGCCACAUGAACAAUGAAUUCUUAAGUAGGAAAUACGUUAUUAUAUUUAUUAUUUUUUAUUAUUUUAAUCAAUCCGCCGUAUUACGUAUUUAUUUUUGUCGAAUUGUCAAACGAAUUGCUAUAUUUGACAGUGUUAGUUAAAAUGUUGUAUAAAGUUAUGCAUAGCAGUGCCCAGUUUAAAGUUAGUUUGUGUUAAUGAGACAUUUGUCUACAAUAUUUUUAUAUAGUUAUAUUGUUCCCUGAUUCUUAAUCAUUAUUACCAAAUAGCCAUGUUUCGAGAAAAUAGUAACAAUCUAUUAAUUUUGAAAUAUUAUGAAAGCAAUUACCGUUUUAUAAGAUUGACCCACUGGCCAUGUCGUAUAGUUUCUGUACUUAUAAAUGUAACAUUUAUGGUUAAUUUUUCUUAGAUUGCCACUUGCAGAUAUUAAAAGAAUAAGUAUCUUAAAACACAACACAUUACACUAUUCGUGAAGAUAAUAACAACAUUCAGUAAAUACUGAACCUAUUCAUUAUUAUGCAAACAAAUAUUUAUAUUCCAAAUUAAGAAAUCACAAAUUAAGAAACUAAGGUCUGAUCGCAAUCGAUCAUUUAAUUUAUUUAAAUGAUCGAUUAACGAAUAAUGUUGGUAGUUAGUACCGUCAGCAAAACUAACUAGUUGUAAGAAGUAUUUCAAUAAAAGCAUUUCAUAUGCUUUGUUUAGUAGAUACUUAGAUUUUGAAUUAUGAGGCGUGUUAUAUGUAGGCUUCUGUUGGCGAAAUUAGUUUUAAAUUGACAAACAACGAAACUUUUAUAUUCGGUAUCGCCUAUAAAAUACUUAUUGAAAUUGUGUUAAACACUAUUCUCGUAUAUUGUAACUUUUGUAAUUUGAUUGUAUAUCCCACCUGUCACAGAGCUGACCACAUUAACAAAUUGUAAAGUAUGUUCUAUGUACGCAUA